GACUACAUGCGACACAUGAUACAAUACGGAAGUACUAAACGCCUGCAAGGGUAUGUUUCUGGUACGGUCGAGCGUCGAACUGCUUGCUAGUUGUGUUAAAAGAAAAAGUAUUUGAGCUGCUACUAAUACUCAGGAUGGGUGUGUCUGAAGUGGAAGAAUCUUCUCUGCAACUGGACGAAAAGCUGAUGCGUUUCAUGGACCAACUGGAGCUGCUGGAGGAGAAACGAGCCACCCUCAAUUCCCUCAUAGAGCAGGGGUGGUUUUCAAUGUCCAAGGCUCGGUACUCCAUGGGCAACAAACAAGUCUCUGUGCUUCAGUAUGCAAGUGAGAUGAAGCCGCUGGUCUGUGUUAAUGCAAGAAUGCAGGACAAUGGUGAGGUCCAGUUCUGCACCGAACAACAAACGGAGAAGUCUAGCAAAGAGUCUGCAAAAGAUCUAAGACCUGCAGAGGACAUUGGGCCUCAAGAAGAAGGUGGUGGUGUCAGGAGGAGAAAUAAGCCAAAAAAGACAGAAAAAGAUCCAAGUGAGGAUGCAAGUAGCAAAAAGGCUCCAGAAGUGAGCCCAGUAAGAAAAAGUGAACAUAAUCCACAGCAAGAUCCGCUGAAAUGGUUUGGGAUUUUGGUGCCACAGUCUCUUAAACAAGCACAAUCGUCGUUCAAGCAAGUUAUAGAACUGUCUGCUGAGAUCGCGACGCUCCAGAUUGCAGUUUUAAACACCAGACAGGAGCUGAAGGACGGCUUGAAAAGCAAACAUGCCGCAGAGGAGCGGCUCAGCAGCUCAGCUGGACAAGAUGGUCGACUAAAUAACUCUAUUGCGUCAAAACAGGUGGAGAAUGGAGAGGAGCUUCCAUCCACAGAGAGUCGGUAGAUGAUGAUCAGCAGUGAUCCUCCUGAUAGAACUGGAAAUACAGACGUACGUUGACUGAUUGAUAAUAGAUUAUGACAGAUCUUGUGCUGUUGUGCUGAUAUUUGUGUGGUUUAUUUUAGCUGUAUUUGUACAUAGUGUAUUUGAAGAUUUCUAAAUUAAAUGUGUUUAUAAUAAAUGGCUGCUACUACUUCCUGAUAAGACAGCCUUUUAUAAGUUAUAAUUAAUGACUGUAUUAAUUGUCACAAAAUUGAUCCGUUAUGAUGCAUAAACCAAAAUAAUUUAAGUUUGGCAGCAUGUAGAAAGUCAUUAAUUUGGUCAUUCUGGAGUGUUGGUAAUCCAUUAAAAAUGUUAUUGAAUGCAUUUUGACCCAGAUCCUCUGCAGAGUUAUGGAAUGAAAAUAAGGUUAUGGAAUGAAUAAUCAUACUGUAAUCUGUGUAAAAUAGAGCUAAAUUAACCAACAGUUUGUGAAAUACCUGAAUAAUAUGUUGAAAUUCAAGUAAUUACAAUAACUUUUGAUCAACAAUUAAUUUCCACAACUUUUACUAGGUAUUGUGUUAUGUCAUUAUAGACAUGUCGUGUCUAAAUGCCUCUUUUCAAGUCUGCUUCAGUUUCAUUGUUGGCAGCUUGUAGAAAGCUGUUCAUCUGGUAAUAAUAAAGUUACACGUGUCAGUAAUCCUUUAAGAAAUGUUAUCAUUUAAUAGAUUUAGGCUCCAAACCUCUGCAGCCCUUUUCCAGAUUAAUGCAUCCCAAAUGUUCAAUAUCAAAUGAAUAAAAAUGGUGUUCACAAACAAUUAUAAAUUAAAGAUACAUUAACCAAUCAUUUGUGAAAUAACUGAAAAUAGUUUUUUAUAUUAAAGUGACUAUAAUGACAUUUCAUUUCACCAUUAAUUGUCAUGUCUUUUAUUGCAUUACAGGUGUUUCAUGUCAUAUUUUCUUUAAGUAAUUUUUCCCUGUGGGAUAUCUAAUAUGAUUUUAUUUGAUGUUUGCUAUGCUUACUAUUUUCUUAUUUUUAAAAUGUUGUUUGUUUACUGGAUUUCGGCUUUUUAUUAGUUUGUUGUAGUGUCCGUUUGUGCAAGGAAACUUUAAAUCAACCUUUAAGAGGUACAAACAGACAGAAAUGACCAUCUUCUUAUGUUUAAUGAUUUUUAACAUAAUUUACAACAGAAACAGUAAAUGACUUAUUAAUACAAUAUUACUUAUUAGUCAUUAACUUUUUAAAACUAUUGUUCCAAAUAGCAACCAUUGCAUUGUGUCAGUGCUGUUAUUUGUUUUUUGCUCUACAGAACUGCAAUAAAUAAUGCUUGAUUUUAAAUA